UCUACCCCCAAACAAGGAAACAACAGAAACUGAAACCCAGAAAAUGGGUCUGAAAAUUGGAGGACACAUAGAGAAGGUGAAUGGAAAAGAGGUGAGUUACAGUCAAUUCGUAGAGCGAUACCUCGUGAAGAACCAACCAGUUGUUCUCACUGGACUCAUGGAUGGUUGGAGGGCAUGUAAAGAUUGGGUCCUCGACGAUGGACAGCCUAAUCUCAGUUUCUUCUCUACCCAUUUUGGUAAUUCCACAGUUCAGGUUGCAGACUGUGGUACUAGAGAGUUUACAGAUCAGAAGAGAGUAGAAAUGUCAGUUUCUGAGUUCAUCGACUAUUGGCUUGAGUUUUCUUCUAAGGAGUUCGAUAAUGCAUCAACCCAUGAGUUUGAUGCCAAGUCCCCAUUAUAUUUGAAGGACUGGCAUUUUGUAAAGGAGUAUCCAGAGUAUUUGGCAUACACAACUCCACCCUUUUUCCAGGAUGACUGGUUGAAUUUAUGUCUUGAUAAGUAUCGUAUGCAUAAGGAUCCUGAUACUUACCAAGAGAAAAAUGAAAUAAGUUGCUCUGACUAUCGUUUUGUUUACAUGGGAGCAAAAGGUACAUGGACUCCUCUACAUGCUGACGUUUUCAGGUCCUAUAGUUGGUCAGCAAAUGUGUGUGGCAAGAAACAAUGGCAUUUUCUGUCUCCUUGUCAAUGCCACCUUGUGUUUGACAGGAAUAUGAAAUGUUCUAUAUAUGACAUCUUUAAGGAUGUUAGUGAAACAAAGUUCCCUGGUUUUGAGAAGGCCAUCUGGUUGGAGUGCACUCAAGAACAAAAUGAAAUAAUCUUUGUUCCUAGUGGAUGGUACCAUCAAGUUCAUAAUCUGGAAGAUACGAUAUCAAUUAAUCACAACUGGUUCAAUGCCUAUAACCUCUGUUGGGUGUGGGAUUUGCUUUUCAGAGACUAUAAUGAGGCUAAGGAGUACAUUGAAGACAUCAAAGACAUAUGUGAUGAUUUUGAGGGACUUUGCCAGCGCAAUCUUGCUGCUAACACAGGCAUGAAUUUCCAGGACUUCUUCAUCUUCAUAGCACGGUUCUCAUUUGCCAACUUAGUCCUGCUUUACCUUCUCGUAAGGGAAUAUGAAAAUUCCAUCCGAAGUUCAUCACAAAGAGCAUGUCAUAUAGUUUUCAACCUCAAAUCUGCUCGGAAUAUUGCAUUAAAGAUGAAAUCUAUAGAUCUUACUGGAAACUCUGGUAUCUCAACUAAUUUCAAGGAAAACAUAGAGGAUUCCACAUUCCGUGAACUAUGUGCAGUUCUAGGAAGAACAUAUCGGAUUCUACCUGAGUCUUGCAAACUUAAUGAUAUAACAGAAGCUUUAUCGGAUGAUUUGAUGGACAUAGAUCUUAUUGAAUCUUCUGCUUCUCAUGUUUGUUCUCCUGAAGACCUAGUGAUUUUGAUAGACUACGCUUUUACAAAGUUCAGUUAUAUUACUAGUGGGGAAAGUGCCCUUGGAUGAAUCAAAUCCAUGUUUCAAUUGAAACUCAGAUACCGAUGCAAGUUCUUCCCUUCUUAAUCAGAUAGAUUCAUAUUUGAAAGAGACAAUAAGUUCUUUCAAAAUUGACUAUUUGUACCUCUAGGUUCCAGAAAUGUUUGCGAUUGAGUAAAUAACUCUACAAACGAAUGGAACAUAUUGACUUAUGAAUUGGAUAAUCUUGGAAGCUCAACUCCUCCAACUGUGGGAUUCCAGCUUUCUAAGGGGACCUUGUCAUUUCACGAAACUUUGAAACGGUUCGUCACCUUUUUCUGUGCGGCGCAUGCACACAGAUUAUGAUUCCACAAGAAAGGUCAAAACGUGCCACUCUCAGGUAUGAAGAGUAGGAUUCUCUUGAUAUGCAUGCAUGCAUCAAGUCAUGUUGAGCUUAGUUGCUGCAUUUACUUUGGUUAUCAUUAUCCAUUAAGAAUGAAAGAGCAAAUUAGGGUAUAUUUUUUGUACUUUUGAGAUUACAUAAUUUGUGAUGACUUGGCAGUCAUUUCCACACCUUUAGUCAAUAUUUGUAAUACAGAUAUGAAUUAUCGUGAAGUAACAUUUGGAUUGGGGUGCUUUGGUCA